CGCAACCUUUCAGCAUCAGUCGUCGGUGAGUCUUGAAGCAGUGUGGACGCGAUCAUCCGUCGAGUGAGCGAAAGAAAGUGUCACUUUUCGGUUUGUAAACGGCUCAAUCUUCGGCAUGGACGGUAGAGACUGAAAAUAGACCGAUCUAACCUUCACAGCUAUAGUGUUCUACAGUUGGCGUGUUACUUAACCAAAUCGAGAGUGGAUCCGUGCUUUUCACGACGAUCACGACGAGUGGUGACAGUGCGUUUGUUGUUCGGAAAUGAUUCGUUCGAAUUAAGUGUCUUUUGAUAGAUUGUGCAGAAAUUCGCAAACAAUUAGUGGCGAUCAAUUGUCUGACAUUUGUGUUUUGUGUUUUGGGAGAGGUAUGGUGAAGUUUUGUAACCCCACGCGGCAAAGAGUUCACUCACCUGAUAGUAUGUUAGCAUAAGAGUUAGUGCGUUGGUGAAUCUGAAAAGAAAACAGAAAUUUCCUCUCGGUGACUAUUAAUAUCCUCGGAGAAAAAACACGCAAAAUCUCGUUUGGCUGCAGCGCAACUGACAUCGUCACCGAAGAGUGCUUUCCGUCUUCCCCAUUUGGCUCGGCUAAAUAUAUAAAUUUAUGUUUGGUAUGAAGCGAGCCUGUAAGGAAAAUGCGCGCUUCGAUGCUUCGAGGAAAUGGAUUAAAAACCAAUUGAAGUGAGGCGAUCACGUUUUCAAUUUCGAUUUCACUGCAAUAAGGUGAAACCAUAGUUCAGCAAUCUGCCCUGUAAGGGUUCCGGAGAUUGGUAUCCAGAGAAAAAGAAAGCACAUCUGCUGCAUAGGAUCGGUGGUGCGAUUGUGGAUAGGAGUUUGUUGUGAUGGGUAACAGAAGCCGAAAACUUUCGUGAACCAACCGUUAACUAGGCUUGAGUGAGAAACUGAAUACUGAAAAAAUAGUGUGUUGGGUGAGCGUGUGUGAGUGUUUCCCACAAAAGGUGCCAAAUAAGAAAACUUGUGGUGAAACAACAGUUAAGAAGUAAAGCGUUAGUACCUGCUCAGCAUAGUGAACAUAAAUGUGACAAGAAAACAUAAAUGUGACAAGAAAACAAAAAGGAGUGCCAAACGAGUGCGACCCGGAAUGCGAGAAAAUCAGUGCAAGCCGACAGUGACAGUGAAGACAGAGGAAAUUUACUGUCCGAAGACCAGUACGAAAUGCAUUCUAGUGCCGACGAGAAGUGUUUCGGGGAAAUAAUAAAUUAUUUAUUACGUCGGAAUGAUUGCCCACGAUAGCAAUGCCGCUUCGGAAUUUUACGGUUGCAUCCAACAGUGAACCAAAAUGAAAUUAUUUGUCGUGUUAAUUAACCUGGUUUUGUGCUUCAGUUUGGCUUAUCAGCAGGUGGAAACCAGGACGGAUAGUGACGAAGCCUUCGAUGUCUAUGAAGAUUUAGUGAGUGACAGAAGUGAGAAUCCAAAAAAGUCCAUCGCAGCUUUGCUGGCACAUGAUGGCAGUGAAAUUUUCCCCCCAAUGUCGAACGAUGGUCCAUUUGGAGACUAUCGCAUUCAAAGCCAUCAACAGUACGGGAGCAGUGCUUACCGCAAACAACAUGCUCAACGUUCACAGAGUCCGAGUUUCGAUCCGCACGAUGGCACACCGUACACGAGGGAGGUAGCAGUAAAGCAGGGCCGGAUCAAGGGCAUCGUUCGAGUGAUGCAUCCUCAGUCCGGACUCAAAAGUGUCGACCAGUAUCUGGGCAUUCCGUAUGCAGAAGCCCCUGUGGGAUCAAGACGCUUUAUGCCACCAAGUGCUCCCAUUCCGUGGACGGCACUCAAGAUGGCUAUCAAGAUGUCGCCCGUUUGUCCACAGAAUCUGCCCACCUUAAACAAUGUAAAUAACAACUACUCGAAGGGCAGAUACGAUCAGCUGAAAAGACUGCUUCCAUAUCUAAAAGUUGAGAGCGAAGACUGUUUAUAUUUAAAUUUGUACGUGCCUAGCUAUGAUGGAAUUGGACCGCAAGCAAAAUAUCCGGUAAUUGUGUACAUACAUGGUGAGUCAUAUGAGUGGAACAGUGGCAAUCCGUAUGAUGGAUCGAUCCUUGCCAGUUACGGGAGGGUAAUCGUAGUAACGCUCAAUUUUCGUCUCGGAAUUCUAGGUUUCAUGAAGCCAGGCAUUAGCGACCACACUACCAGCAAUUUUGGUUUACUGGAUCAGAUAGCUGCUCUGCAAUGGAUAAAGGAAAACAUCGGUGCAUUUGGCGGAGACAACAAGUUGGUAACAGUGAUGGGACAUGGAACGGGUGCUGCUUGUGUAAACUUCCUGAUGGUUUCACCUGUUGCCAAAGGAUUGUUCCAUCGGGCAAUUUUACUGUCCGGGUCAGCCCUGUCGGAUUGGGCCUUGACUCAGCACCCCUUGCAAUCGACCAUGCAGGUUCUACAGGGACUCAAUUGUCCGCUAAACGGUGAUAACGAUGAAGUCGCUACUUGCCUGCGACGGAAACGCUACAGUGAGAUAUUGAAUGUGAAAAUUGCCUCGCCACAAUUUUCCACUCGUUUCGGACCGAUAGUAGAUGGAUUGGUGAUUCCAAACACACCGCACAAAGUGAUGGGGCAGUAUAGCGACAUAUUUAGUGGGUACGACCUACUUUACGGGAUGACUGAGCUGGAAUCGUACAACAUCCUGAACGCUGUCGCUCUGACGUACGGGCUGCUCGAAAAUGAACGCGACAAUCUGCUGCGGUUCUACAUGCAGAACCGCUUCGAGAUCCGUCCUGACCUGGCGCUCGCCGCAACGCUUAAUGAGUACACCGGUAUCCUUACUGAUCCGAACAAAUCGCUGGCAGACAUCCACCGUGACACCUUGUUGGACAUUUUAUCUGAUGCCCGAGUUGCCGCCCCAAUGCUCCAGACCGGGCUCUAUCUGGCAAAAGUUAAUCCAAAAUGCUACAUGUACGUGUUCGGUCAUAAUAGUGAGGCCGGCGAGUACGGACGGCUUUCCCAAAGUGUUGUCGGCGAGGAUUUGGCCUACAUUUUUGGUGCUCCUCUUGGACCGGUUGGACCCUUUCAAACCCAUUACAACGCACGGGAGCGCCUUUUCUCCGAAGCCGUGAUGAAAUACUUUUCCAACUUUGCUCAAACUGGAAACCCAAAAGCUCCUUGGAAAGACUUGUUCUUAAAUAUGAACCCCGAAGAUUGGCGAUACUAUGACGUUGAUUGGCCAGAGUUCAACAGUGUCAAUCAAAGCUUUCUCCAUAUGGGUUUGACUCCUGUUGUGAGCCGGCAUUACCGACAGCAGUACAUGAAAUUUUGGAACCAAAAAUUACCGGAAGAGUUGAAAAGGAUUACUACGUCAAAACCGUACUCCCCAUAUUCAGAGCUGAUCAGCCCACCGGAUAGACGUAUGACAACUUCUAGUCCAGAAUUUGUUACUGGUCACAUUAAUUUGUUUCCUAUUAAAGUAGACAUCGAAAAGCCCACAGAAGACUCUUUUAAAGCAUUGGUUCACCGAAUGAAGGAUCCUGGGAUGUACAAUGCUCCGGCGUCUUCGAUAGGAAUUCCCGCUGAAGCUCCAGUUAAAGAAAUACCCAAACCUGAAAAUGUCGAAAAAGACAUGGAAAACUCGGAAAUGAUGAAAACUGAGGCUUCUCUCACGUUACUGAUUACGGUGGCAAUAGUAUUCUUGAUAUUCAAUAUUUUCGUUAUUGUAGGCUACAUAAUCAAACGUAAUGUUGGAAACAGGAAGAUGAAACGCAAAUUCGAUGAUAAUAUCCUCGAGAGUGCUGCAUCAAUGAAUGAAAAGCGAUCGAAACUCAAUGAUACUGAGGAUAGUUACAUUUUAGACUUGAUGCGAAAGUCAAACCCAUAUGAACCGGUAGCAAAGGCAAACAAUUUCACCUUACCAAGGCAGUUUAGUGGCGAGACAAUGGAUCCCCAUACGAAGGUGUGUGAUUGGAUUUCCCAGGACUAUGGAACAGUUUGUACGAAACAAAUUGAAUGCGAUGGAAAUGGUUCAUGCAAUAGAGAUAAUCUUCCUUUGCCACAAAAAGUGAGUGUCGCAAUUGAUGCCACGCCACAGGCUCGAAGCAACAGUGUUUUGCGACAAGAACCAAUCGAGAUAACGAAAGCCAAGUCAUUUGAGUGUGCUUCCCCAGAGGACUAUAGUGAAAGUGUCAGCCAAGAUUCACCGUGUGAUUCCGACAUCCGACAGCAGUGUUCUAGUUCUGGAUCAUCAUAUUCAUACAACGAUUGUGACUACAAAGUCGAACCGAAACAUUUCAAAUCUGAUGCGAAUCCAAUUUAUAAUAAUUACCCAUAUCAAAACGAAGAAAUUACCAGUUUUAUCGAACCUGGUGACAUAAAUGUCACGUCUCGAGAUAAAAGUGAAGAAAAAGACCCUCUCUCGCCAGAAGAGGCACUCAAAGUCAUUCAACGAAGAAACUUUCCCAAAGUGCUACCUGAUUACCCGAAUGGAGUCGCAGGCAUAACAGCUUCAAUGAAACGAAGAUCCUUACCACCGCAAGCCUUCCUCCUCGCCAACUCUCACAGUUUGCGGAGAGACAGCUCUCGAUUGGUGCCAGCUCCUCCUCCUCGUAUUUCAUCGACAUUGGGUCGAAGGUCUUCGAAAAAUAGAACAAGUAAUAAUUUCCUCAGCUCGCCACCCGUGAUGGCUGAAGAACCACCAAUUGAAGAAGAGCCUCCAAUCACGUUGAACACACUCCAUGUUGGACCAUUACUUCCCAAGCAUCAUGAAAACACUUACAUGACUAUGUCACGGCAAAACUCGGCAGAAACAGAACAGACCACGUCAACCGAAGAACCAGCGGUCGACAUCAUUUGUAUAGAACACAAACCAGAAAGUCAUUACAGUUACAUCAAACCGCCAAGUACGAUAAAACCCCCUACAUCGUUCAAGUCCUCUCCACCGAAAGAAUUGAAUCGAACCGAGAGUAGAGCAGAGCUUCAGCAAGCAUCGACGUAUGGUUCCACGCCACGUUUGCCGAUUACUCGGUCAGGCAGCAGCAUUAUGCAUCGAGAGAUGAGUUCCGAUUCAUCAGCCACUGACACCACAUCCGGCAGCACCGGAACAAUUAAGAUGCUGUAAUCAUACUUCGGUCCUACAUACAUACAACUGUCGAGUCCGAUGGCACUCGCCAUGUUAACACCCUCAGAACGCACCAACCGUGGUUUUUCACACACACUGCAUAGUAUUUAUGUAUUUAUCGACAAAAAACCCCUUCCAUGUCUCCAUGUCACGAUAAUUCCGAUCAAAUAUUUAUUUUAACUGUAUAAUUUAGUUGUAAACAGCUGUCAGGAGCAACGAGGGUACGCACAAUUGAGAAGUGUGAAGUUAGGUUUGUUUUGAUGUCGGCUAGCGACUAUCAAAAUGAUUACUUUUAUAAAGUUGUAAACAUAACACAAACACUCAUGCACAAGCACACAAACGUUCGGAAGUGUACUUGAAAGCAGUCGAAUAAAUUAACUCGUAAUGAAGUUUUAUAGCUAACAGUAGCUCA